GGUACAUGUACAUAUGCCAGCUCCUGAUCAUACCUUAACUUCGCGGCAUUCCGCAUAAUCAAACAUCGACAUUUUUCUUUUUGGUCUCUUACGAUGAGCACAUAAGAAUAUUAACUAAUAUGAGGUCGGCCAUUGUGUGCACAGCUCGCGCUGGGCUUGGAUACGCAUCGCGGAGACCUGCGUCCCUUGCGCCAAAGUUUAUCUACCACAGCUCAAGGACCUUGUCCGCAACACCCUCAAGAAGAGAAGAAGAGGGUAGAAAAUGGUCAACGCCUCUGGCAAAGCAACUUGCUGAAGCUAUCAAUAUUACUGGCCCAAUACCACUUGCAAGUUAUAUGCGUAUGUGUCUUACAGCCGAUGUUGGUGGAUACUACACCGGUGCAAUUGAAGCUGGUCGUGACCAGUUUGGGCCAAAGGGCGAUUUUAUCACGUCACCCGAGAUAUCCCAAGUCUUUGGCGAGCUCAUCGGAAUCUGGUUUGUGGCGGAAUGGAUGUCUCAGGGUCGCCCACGGUCUGGCGUAGAGCUAAUCGAAGUCGGUCCCGGCCGAGGCACGUUGAUGGAUGAUAUUCUGCGGACUAUUCGAAAUUUCAAAGACAUGGCAUCGGCUAUCGAUGCUGUGUAUAUGGUUGAGGCAAGCAAAGAGCUUCGCGUGGCGCAGAAGAACCUCCUCUGUGGUGAGGACGCCGCAAUGCGCGAAUCGAAGGAAGGCUGGCAUAGCACAUGCAAAUACUCGGACCUACCGAUCGUCUGGUCGGACUCGAUCAAGGCCGUGCCGCACAACUCGAGCAAAACCCCCUUCAUAGUAGCGCACGAAUUUUUCGACGCUCUCCCCAUUCACGCUUUCCAGGUUGUCGAGGUUCCCCCAACACAGCAGCCCGUCACAUCAAGCGGCAGCUCGCCUUCAGCCUCAACCACCACAUUGUUUCCAACGCGGCAAUGGCGGGAGAUGGUGGUUUCACCCACGCCCGAAGGCACAACUCAUGCUGAUCUCGGCACGCCAAAAUCCUUGCAACACGAACGAGUCCCAGAAUUCCAGCUCACACUCAGUCCUUCAAAAACACGACACGCAUCCUACCUCCCAGAAUCAUCUCCGCGGUACCGCGCUUUGCGAUCCAUACCCGAUGCUCUUAUCGAAGUAUGCCCGGAUGCGUCCCUCUAUGCCUCGGACUUCGCGACACGGAUCGGUGGGUCAGAAGCGAAACCAAAACCACGCCCAUCUGGCGCCGCACUGAUCUUAGACUACGGCCCAGCAGACACGAUACCUAUGAACUCACUACGCGGGAUCCGGCACCACGCACGCGUGAGUCCCUUUGCGGACCCAGGGCUCGUGGACCUCAGCGCAGAUGUUGAUUUCUUGGCGCUCGUCGAGACCGUGACCCGCGCAAGUGAGGGUGUGGAGUGCCACGGACCCAUUGACCAGGCACAUUUCCUCGAGAGUAUGGGGAUCGCGCAGCGCGCCGAGAUGUUGACGAAGAAGGUCGUGGAUAUUAACAAAAAGAGCGAGAUCGAAAGGGCAUGGAAGAGGCUCGUAGAUCGUGGCCCUGGUGGCAUGGGCAAGGUAUACAAAGCCCUCGCCAUCCUUCCAGAAAACGGUGGCAGGAGGCGCCCUGUUGGCUUCGGUGGUGAUGUAAGUACGUAACCUAGCAAUGAUAAGCCAAUCGUGCGGUACGAUGCCCGUGUAUCAU